CCGAACGCGCGACAACACGCGCACAGUAGCCGCAAGCCCGUACCGUGUGGGGCUACGGCCACCGCAGUAUCAAACCACUAGAGUCGAUGAUCUCACGCGGUACAGCCGUCAAGUGCGCGGAUUUGGAGAAACGAGCUGCUGCUCUAUUCGCCGCGAGGUACUGCUAUUUCGCUGCCGCCGACGCGUUCACCUCGCUUAUGUUGCGUGCUGGUGCGAGUGCCCAUCGGAACGAUGCUUAGUUUUUUUGCAAACGUUGUUUGGGUGUGUAUCGCGUGGUAAGAAUUGAACCCCCCCAAACUGUUUACGCAAACAGAACUGUAUCAACCCAGUUUGCCGUCGACAAUGGUGUAAUGUUCUCGCGAGUUUUCGAUCGAACCUAGGUGAAAAUUGGGUUCUUUCCGCGGGAUCGACUGGCAUAAUCAGCAGUGCAAUCAGUGUCGGUGUUUGUGGAGUGAUUUUCUCACUGAUAAGGUGUAAAUUGAGAUAGCACUCAAUUAGAGCGAAGUGAUUGAAUAUGUGUUCGGUACACAUUCAAUGAAGCUUUCAGAAAUGGUGGAACUGACUCAUGCCAAACGGUUCAAUUACACGGUCGUUCGGAUGUCGGAUGUUGUAUAGGGCUUGUACUGACUCAGUAAUAAAUUUAAACUGCUGUGUGCGGAACAUAGUGAAAUAGACCAAAGCACCACAAUGGAGACAACGUUGUCAACGGAUGAAGAGAACGCCCUAACGCUGUUCGAAGAACUGGAAAGAACAGACAUCAAUACGCUUAACCUGAACGUGGACUGUUGCUGUGGUUUGAUGCGGACAUCACCGUUUCACCAGACCAAAGCUAAGUCAAGUUCCCGAGAACGGAUACGGAAAGAUUCCGGAGUGUCCAGUGACGACGAGAAACACGUCGAUAAUUGUUUCCAUACCUCAGAGCACAACAUAGACUGCCAUAGAAAAAUACACGAGCCCCUCGAGCCCAGUGAUACGGAAGGACACUGCAGUGUCGCUGGAGUGAGCCAUCCGUCCAGAUCUCACCGACGAAAAGAUCGGUAUCGACGAUUCGGUUUGGUGGAAUCAAACAUCCUGAACAGUUUCCAGCUGCAAAACUGCAAACGGAAAGCUGGUCACGCUUACGAUUCUGCCAAUUCAUCGGGACAAACCAGCUUCAGUUCGACGGCGUCCAGUAUGAUUGAGGAUAUCUCGGAUAAAAUUGAGGAUAUAGGAAAACUGGACACAAAUAUUCACUCUCUUAUGUUCAAAUCCGUCGAGCUGCAUAAUGACAUUUUGUCUCUUGAAGCAACAACGAACCGACUCAUAGCGGACAACCGUAGGUUCUGUGAUGAACUGGAUGACGUCCGUUAUUUGGACGAUCUAAUUACGACCCUGAACGGAGACAUCGGUCCCGUGAUACACCGGGAAUGGCCAUACGAAAUUCUGUUCGACACACCGAUAGAAGAGGGAACGGCAGUUACGUGAUUGUUUUUCCCGUUUGGACAACCGAAGUGCAAAACAUGCUGGCAGAACGGUGAUUGCUGGCGAAACAUGGAAGCAAUGUAGUGUUACCAAUUUACCAUUACUAAUUACCAGUGGCAAUCUGCAGGUGCCAAAGAAUGUUGUGACUACAAUAAAAAAUAAUAAUAUGAAGGUAAAACUAA